AGCGUCGUCGUCGAUGCGUAUGAGAGAGAUAUCAUCAAUGGAUUCGAGAAGGAUAGGCCUCUCUACAAUGCUGCAAACCCCGAGCGCACACAGAGUUCAGCACACGUCGACCUCAAGGACCCCAUCCAGAUCCAUCUCCUGACCGAGACGGCCCUGUCCGACAGCAAGGAAUAUGAGAUCCUGUCGCAGGAGGAGAUUGACGGGCUCAAGAAGCAGUGUCAGCUGAUAACGCAGCGCAUCGAGUCCACCCGUUCCAACCUGCUCAUCCAAGCCAAGUACCGCGACGCCGCCGUGUCCAUGGUCCGCCUGUACUCGCCCACCCUCAAGGGUGACCAGGACGGCAACAUGGCCUCCUCGGCCGAGGACGACGCCCGCCGUGAGGAGGCCGAGGCGGAGCGCGAGGCCUGCGAGAGGAAGUGCGAGGACCUGGCCGCCGAGCUGUUCCAUCUGGAGAAGCGCAUCAUGGAGCCCAAGCGCCGCCUGCUGGAGCAUACCGCCGGCGUGCUGCAGCUCACCCAUCGGGGUCCCGGGAGGGGCAGGAGGGGCGGCCCCGACGGCCAGCCCGCCAACGGCGUCGUUCCGGGGAGCCCGGAGAGCAUGUACACGUACAACCAGAGCCGGAACAGCCUCGACGGCCCAGACGACUUCUACACCGACGACACCAGCUUCACCGGCAUCGAGCCCAUCGACACCAGGGGCCCCCGCAAGAACCCGCUCGAGAUCCCCCUCAAGUCGCCCAACCGCGAGAACAGCAACAUGCGCGAGAUGGACCGCCUGCGUGACGAGAACCGCGUCCUCAUGGAUGCCGUGGCCGAGAUGGAGGCCAAACUCGAGGGUCUCAACGGGUCCCUGCGUGAGACCAUUGUCCGCUUCAACCCGGAGGGCAACAGCGAGUUCGAGGGCCCGCCCACGGCCUCCCAGUUUGCCCUGGAUCAGCUGAAGCCCGGGCAGAUGCUCAGGAACCAGGUAGAGUACCUCGAGAGCGGGCUGGUGGCGGUCCAGGCCGAGCAGGAGACGCACCUAGAAUCGCGGAGCCUAGGCCUAGGUCUAGGCAUCGGCGGCGGCGGCGGCGGCGGCGGUUCGUCUGUAACGGAGCAGGAGCUCCAAUCCCUGUGGGACGUGAUACAGAACGGGUACGCCGCCAUCAAGACGCAAAAGGAGGACCGGCGCCGGGCGCGGGCAGACAAGGGCCUGGAGGACGACGAGUCGGACGAUGAGGGCAUCGACCUGUCCGAGACGUACUCGCUGGCCAACUUCUCGUCGCGGGUGCGGUGGCUGUACCGGCAGGCGACGGUGCUCAAGGACCAGCGGGCGGUGCUGCGUCGGCAGAUCAAGCAGCAGCGCGAGCUCAACAACAAGUCGGACGCCGAGAAGGACGCCGAGCUGGCGCAGAAGCAGGAGGACCUGGACCAGUCGGAGCGCGAGGUGGGCGAGGCGCAGAGGAUGCUCAGCGAAGCGCUGGAGGACCUGGAGCGGGCGCGCGAGGACGCGUUGCGGGCCAACGCCGCCGCCGCGGCCGCGGCCGACGCCACAACGUCGUCAUCGUCUGCCGACGCGGACAAGAUGCACGCGCUCGAGGAGAAGAUGGGGCUGAUGCAGCGCGAGCUGGACGAGACGUCGGGCGCGAGCGAGGACAUGCGGCGACGGCUAGCGCAGGUGGACGCUUCGAUCGGCAACCUGAGCGGGCAGCUGGACGAGGCGCUCACGUCCCGCGACGCGGCGGCGGCCGAGGCGGAGCAGCUACGGAUCGACGUGGAGAACCUCCGCGAGGAGAUUGCGCAGAAGACGGAGGCUCUGCAGGCGCAGGAGAGGGAGAACGAGACGUUGAGCCUGACAUGCGCGGAGCUCAAGACGGAGGUGACGCUGGCGCGGGCCGAGCUAGACAGCGCGUACGGGUCCCGAGCCGAGCGAGCCAAGGACCUGGCGGCGGCGCAGUCGCACAGCGAGGCGGACCGUCUGCGCGAGGAGCUCACGCGCACGGUCAUGGACCUCGAGAAGGUGACCAAGGAGACGAUCGCAUCGGAGCGCGAGAGGCUCGACAUCGAGGUCAAGCUCGACGACGCCCUGGCUGCCAGGUCCGAGCUGCAGGCCGAUCUGGCCUCGCUGCGGGAGCGGCUGGACGAAGAGGUGACCAGGUCCCGCGACAAGAUCGCCCAGCUGCAGGAGCAGCUCGACACGGAGAAGCUGCACGCCGGUCGGGGCGGCACCGGCAGACCGGGUGCCGGUGCGGCCGUGCUGAGCGAACAGUUUAGAGCGCAUAUGCGUGAGGAGAGGAAGAAGUAUCAAGAGGAUAUGAAGGAGGAACGGGCUCGUUACAGAAAACUAGAAGAGGAACUCGGUCGUAUCAGACGCGCUCAAGGACCG